CCAGGUGCCCCCUCCCCCUUCCCUGCGGGCUUUUGCACACGACGCGCCGCUUCACACGGGGUAGCGGGGACCGGGUAAAGCCAGCGGGAGCGGGGCGCCACGGCUGACGUAGUGGGGGCAGCAGCGGUAGCAACAGCGGGACGACCCCUCGGCAGCCUCGGCACGGCCAGGCGGGAGCGAACUCGCGGCAGAGCGGUUGGGCGAGGGGCUCACGCGCCGGGGCGGCGGGAAAGGCGCGCAGUGCCCUCCCGGCAGGUGAGUGAGCGCCGCGGAGCGUCCCGCGCGCAACUUCCAGGGAGUACACGGCAGGGAGCGCGAGACCGCAUGGAGGCCACCGAGAGGAAGCAUCUGUUAGACGCCAGGCUUGGAGCCGGGUCUUACAGAUCUCUGUGGCAGGAUGGGGCUGGCAGGAUCCCUCUGUCUUCACCUGGCCUGGACUUGCAGCCCGUUGAGCUGGCUACCAAGAGCAACCAUUACUGUCAUGCCCAGACGGGUCCUGGCAGUGAUUGCGACCUCAAGAAGAAGAGGGCAUGGCGCCAGCUCUGUGUGGCCUGUGCCUUCUGCCUGUUGUUCAUGAUUGGGGAAGUCACUGGUGGGUACCUGGCACAUAGUUUGGCGAUCAUGACAGACGCAGCCCACCUGCUCACUGACUUCGCCAGCAUGCUCAUCAGCCUCUUCUCCCUGUGGAUGUCUUCCCGGCCAGCCACCAAGACCAUGAACUUCGGCUGGCAUCGAGCUGAGAUCCUGGGCGCCCUGAUCUCUGUGCUGUCCAUCUGGGUCGUGACUGGGGUACUGGUGUACCUGGCGGUGGAACGGCUGAUCUCUGGGGACUAUGAGAUCGAGAAGGGGACCAUGCUGAUCACGUCGGGCUGUGCUGUGGUCGUGAACAUCAUAAUGGGAUUGAUUCUUCACCAGUCUGGCCACGGACACAGCCAUGGCCAUGAGCACAGCCACGACACCAGCCAGCAGCAGGAGAACCCUAGUGUCCGAGCUGCCUUUAUCCAUGUGGUUGGAGACUUUCUGCAGAGCUUGGGUGUUUUAGUGGCAGCCUUUAUUUUAUACUUCAAGCCAGAGUACAAGUUUAUAGACCCCAUCUGCACCUUCCUCUUCUCCAUCCUCGUCCUGGGGACAACCUUGACCAUCCUGAGAGAUGUGAUCCUGGUACUGAUGGAAGGGACCCCCAGGGGCAUGGACUUCAUGGCUGUGCGGGAUCUGCUGCUGUCGGUGGAGGGGGUGGAAGCCCUGCACAGCCUGCAUAUCUGGGCGCUAACUGUGGCCCAGCCUAUCCUGUCUGUCCACGUCGCCAUCGCUGGGAAUGCAGAUGCCCAGGCUGUGCUGAAGGCAGCCAGGACCUGCCUGCAGGGGAAGUUCCACUUCCACACCGUGACCAUCCAGAUAGAGGACUACUCUGAGGACAUGAAGGACUGUCAGUCAUGCCAGGGUCCCUCGGACUGACUGCCCGGCCAGGCACCAACUGGGGCAUGGACAGGCCUGCCGACGGCUGGACUGAGUGUCCCCCAGGCCCAGCCAGGACUCUGCCUACCCCAGGUGGGUUAUAAACCAGGUCACUCUCCUGACUGCUGCUCCAUGUUCAGUGUGGAGGAGGCUCGUCCCACUCCAGGAACGGGCUCUUCCCCGUCUCCCCCAUCUGACUCCCGCCAGCCCCAGGAUGGGAACUCUGCAGGUGUAAAGCUGGUGUGACCCCACUCUUCCAGCUCCCGGUGUGGCAGGGUUUGGGCCUCAUCCUCAGCUAAUGCCGCCCUACCACUAGCCUCUGGAAAGGCAGUGGGGCAUAGUGAGGGGUGACAGAGGGGAGACUCAUUGUCCCCUCACCUGCCUGCCUCAUUUCCCAUUUUCAGUCUGUCUGGCCUUUGCCUUAUGAAUCCAUAAAGAAGCCCUGGGACAGAGCCCCCUUCCUCUGCCUCUAACAAUACGCUACAAGGAGGCCAUGGG